AUGGACGGUGAUGGCCGCCUAGACGCCCGCGGAGCGCCGGGGGAGGCCGGGCGCGGCGCGGGACCCGCGGGCAUGGCGGAGCCGACGGCGGUGCCCAGGGCGAGGGCGGCGCGGCCCGGGCCGCAGCGCUUCCUGCGACGCAGCGUGGUGGAGUCGGACCAGGAGGAGCCGCCGGGCCUGGAGGCCGCCGAGGCGCCCGGCGCGCAGCCCCCGCAGCCCCUGCAGCGCCGGGUGCUGCUGCUCUGCAAGACGCGCCGCCUCAUCGCCGAGCGCGCCCGCGGCCGCCCCGCCGCCCCCGCGCCCGCCGCGCCGCCCUGCGCCCCCAGCGCCCCCAGCGCCCCCGGCCCCGAGCCCGCGGGUGCGCAGGAUCCUGGCCUGGACGCGGUGUCGGCGCCCGCCCCGGACCGGCCUCGAGAGGAGGCGGCAGCGGCGAGGACCGAGGACGCGGGGCCGCCUGAGGCCAGGCCGGAGCCCGGGCCUGUCCGCCGGGAUGAGCCCGAGGAGGAGGAGGACGAUGAGGAUGACCUCAAGGCCGUGGCCACCUCCCUGGACGGCCGCUUCCUCAAGUUUGACAUCGAGCUGGGCCGUGGCUCCUUCAAGACGGUGUACAAGGGGCUGGACACGGAGACCUGGGUGGAGGUGGCCUGGUGCGAGCUGCAGGACCGGAAGCUCACCAAGCUCGAGCGGCAGCGGUUCAAGGAGGAGGCCGAGAUGCUCAAGGGCCUGCAGCACCCCAACAUCGUGCGCUUCUAUGACUUCUGGGAGUCCAGCGCCAAGGGGAAGCGGUGCAUCGUGCUGGUGACCGAGCUGAUGACCUCCGGGACGCUCAAGACGUACCUGAAGCGCUUCAAGGUGAUGAAGCCCAAGGUGCUGCGCAGCUGGUGCCGGCAGAUCCUGAAGGGGCUGCUGUUCCUGCACACCCGCACGCCCCCCAUCAUCCACCGGGACCUCAAGUGCGACAACAUCUUCAUCACCGGGCCCACCGGCUCCGUCAAGAUUGGCGACCUGGGCCUGGCAACCCUCAAGAGAGCAUCCUUUGCCAAGAGUGUGAUAGGCACCCCCGAAUUCAUGGCGCCCGAGAUGUACGAGGAGCACUACGACGAGUCGGUGGACGUGUACGCCUUCGGGAUGUGCAUGCUGGAGAUGGCCACCUCGGAGUACCCCUACUCGGAGUGCCAGAACGCCGCUCAGAUCUACCGGAAGGUCACCUGCGGCAUCAAGCCGGCCAGCUUUGAGAAAGUGCACGAUCCCGAAAUCAAGGAGAUUAUUGGGGAGUGCAUCUGCAAAAACAAGGAGGAGAGGUACGAGAUCAAGGACUUGCUCAGCCACGCCUUCUUCGCGGAGGACACGGGCGUGAGGGUGGAGCUGGCUGAGGAGGACCACGGCAGGAAGUCCACCAUUGCCCUGAGGCUCUGGGUAGAGGACCCCAAGAAACUGAAGGGCAAGCCCAAGGACAAUGGGGCCAUAGAGUUUACCUUUGACCUGGAGAAGGAGACGCCCGAUGAUGUGGCACAGGAGAUGAUCGAGUCUGGGUUCUUCCACGAGAGCGACGUGAAGAUUGUGGCCAAGUCCAUCCGAGACCGCGUGGCGUUGAUCCAGUGGCGGCGGGAGAGGAUCUGGCCAGUGCUGCAGCCGCCGGAGCGGCAGGACCCGGGCAGCCCCGACACGGCCAGGGCUCCGCACGCGCCCCUGCAGGUCCAGGUGACCUACCACGCGCAGGCAGGGCCGCUGGAGCCCGAGGAGCCCGAGGCGGACCAGCACCUCCUGCCCCCCGCGCUGCCGGCCAGUGCCACCUCCCUGGCCUCGGACAGCACCUUCGACAGUGGCCAGGGCUCCACCGUGUACUCGGACUCACAGAGCAGCCAGCAGAGCGUGGUGCUAGGCUCGCUGGCAGACGCAGCCCCACUCACCGCCCAGAGCGUGUGCAGCGCCCCCGUGAGCGUGAGCGUGAGCGUGAGCGAGGGGCUGGUCCUGCCGCACAGCCUGCCCUCGCUGGGGGCCUACCCGCAGCCCGCCACGCCUGGCCUGCCGGCGGGCUCCAUCCCACCCUCCACCCGCGCUUCGCUCCCACCGCAGCAUUUCCCGGAGCCAGCCGUGAGCUUCGCCCCUGUGCUGACUGGCCCAGGCCAGCCCCUGCCCUCGGGCCACCAGCCUCCGCUGGCCCAGCCAGCGCCCCUGCCACAGGUCCUGGCCCCGCAGGUCCUGGCCCCACAGCCCAUGCGCCCUCUCCAGCCGGUGCCCGCUCACCUGCCGCCGUACCUGGCUUCGACCUCCCAGGUGGCCCCGGCGCAGCCGACGCCCAUCCAGAUGCCACCGGUGCCUCUGCAGCCACUCACUCAAGUCCCCCCGCAGAUGCCCCCACCUCCUGUCAUCCCGCCAGGGGCUCCGCUGGCCACAGUCGACAGCCUCCCCGCGGCGCUCCCCGACCUGCCGGCGGCCGGUGGGCCCGCGGGGCCGCCUCCCUCUCAGUACUUCUCUCCUGCCGUCAUCCUGCCCAGCCUCCCGCUCAGCGCCGCCGGCCCCCUGCCCGCGCCCCCGGCCCUGCCUCUGCCGACGGUCAAGCUUCCCCACGCCGCCGGGGCGCCCCUGGCCAUGCCAUGCCAGACCAUUGUGCCAAAUGUGGCGGCCACCGCCACUGCCAUCCCUCUGCUGGCUGUGGCCUCCCAGGGCGUGGCCACCCUGUCCAUCCACCCAGCCGUGGCCCAGCUCCCGGCCCAGCCCGUGUACCAGGCGGCCUUCCCGCAGAUGGUGCCCGGUGACGUCCCGCCUUCUCCUCUCCACACGGCGCAGACUGUGCAGGCUGCCCCUCUGCAGCCAGCACCCCCCGUGCUGCCGCAGCCCCGCCUGCCGAGCGUCACCCACCUUCCUGAGCCGGCUGCUGUCCCCCGGGUGGGGAGCCAGAUCCUGCUUGGCCACCCGCCUCCAUACGCUGUGGAUGUCACCGUCCAGGCCCCCACGGGGCCCACUCCUGCUGCCGUCCUCUCCCCGCCCGUGCCGGAAGGGCUGCCCCCCGCUGCCCCCGAGCGCCUGCCGCAGCUCCCCAGCUCGCAGGCCCCCGCGCCAGUGGCUGCGACUCUGAGCUUGCCUGUCCAGUCCACUGCGCUGCCCCCCGCCAACCUGCCCCUGACCAGUGGGCCUGGGCUCUCCAGCCUCAGCUCAGCCGUCCAGCUGACCGUGGAGUUGGCUCCCGAGGAGCAGGCCUCCCAGGACACGCAGCCUGGCCUGCAGAGCUGUGAGAGCUACGGAGGGUCUGACGCCCCUUCUGGAAGGGAGCUGAGUGACAGCGGUGACGGCACCUUCGGAGCAGGGAGGCUGGAAGGCAGGCCGGCCCGGAAACACCACCGCAGGUCCACACGCACACGAUCCCGCCCGGAGAGGCUCAGCCGGCCCCGGCUGACCAUCCUGAAUGUGUGCAACACAGGCGACAAGAUGGUGGAGUGCCAGCUGGAGACGCACAACCACAAGAUGGUAACGUUCAAGUUCGACCUGGAUGGGGACGCACCCGAUGAGAUCGCCACCUACAUGGUGGAGCACGACUUCAUCCUACAGGCCGAGCGGGAAACGUUCAUCGAGCAGAUGAAGGAUGUCAUGGACAAGGCGGAGGACAUGCUCAGUGAGGACACGGACGUGGACCGUGGCUCCGACCCGGGGGCAAGCCCGCCGCCCCUCAGCACCUGCAGCCUGGGUUCCGGGGAGGAGAAUCGCCAGUCCCGAGCCAACGCCCCGGUGUAUCAGCAGAACGUCCUGCACACUGGGAAGAGGUGGUUCAUCAUCUGUCCGGUGGCUGAACACCCGGCUGCAGAGGCCCCCGAAUCUUCGCCCCCACUUCCUCUGAGCUCCGUGCAGCCAGAAGCCAGCCCAGCUGAACAACCAGUCACUAUGACAUGUGGUGACCACCCAGGGUGCGCGUGGAACAUGGCAGGCGGCAGGCGGCGGCCGCAGCGGGAUGGAGGAGCAGACCCAGCUCCCUGCAAAGACCAGCCGCCCCUGAAGGAAAAGCCCGGCCCCUCGGCCGGGGUGCCGCCUCCGAAGCCACCGGGCUGCAGGGACACCGCCGGCGGCACACAAGCCCCUUCGGCGCCACCCUCCCCUCCUGUGACUGCUGUGCCCCAGGACACGGCCGCACCAACCGCCAGCCCCAGGCCAGAGCCAGCGACGGGGGCUGCCACGCAGGCAGGGGCCCCAGUGACCUCUCAGGGGAUGGCCGAGUGUGAUGCACCCCAGCCACUGGCAGAGACUCACGAUGCCCAGCUUGCUGCACGGCCCCCGGAUGUGGCCCCAGGGCCCUGCACCUCCCCUCCAGAGGCCCCCCAUCACCCCGCCGGCCUCGGGGAGCCCGUCUCAGCCCAGGAGGCCAGCACCCGGAUGGAUGCCCCGCCGGCUCCGGCCCCUGUGCCCAGUGCCUCCGGCGAUGCCCCUCGGCCUGCCCUGGGCCCGUCCCUCCCUCCGCUCCCCAAUGCGGUGGGGCCUGUCAGCCUGGCUGCCCCCCAGCUCCCAAGCUCUCCCCUGGGGCCCGGCACCCUCCCCCAGCCACCGUCAGCCUUGGAGUCGGAUGGGGAAGGGCCGCCUCCCAGGGUGGGCUUCGUGGACAACACCAUCAAGAGCCUGGAUGAGAAGCUGCGGACUCUGCUCUACCAGGAGCACGUGCCCACCUCCUCCGCCUCGGCCGGGACCCCGGUGGAGACGGGAGACCGAGACUUCACCCUGGAGCCCCCGAGAGGGGAUCCACCCUGCACAGAGGCCUCCGUGGGGGACCUGGCCCUGCCACCCCAGCUGGUGCUGGACCAGCCCGGACUGGCCCCUGGGCCGGCAGCUGCGCUGGAGCAGACCGGAGCCUCGCCAGGGACAGCACCUGUGAGCGGCACACGGGGCCCCGAGGGAGGCCGGGCAGCCUCGGGCUCACCUGCGGCCACCAGGGCCCCUCAGGGUGCCCCCGCGCCCACCAUCCCUGCGCAUCUGGAGCCCGCAGACCAGAGUGGCGGGGCGCCCGGGGUGCUGACCCAGGGCGGCCAGGCCCGCGCCCCGCAGCCCCCUGGUGCUCUGGCCUCGGGGUCCCCUCGGAAGCAGCCCGGGCAGCGGGACGGCAGCUCUCCAGCCAAAACCGUGGGCCGGUUCUCCGUGGUCAGCACCCAGGACGAGUGGACCCUGGCCUCCCCCCACAGCCUGCGGUACUCGGCCCCGCCCGAUGUGUACCUGGAGGAGGGGCCCGGCAGCCCCGACGUGAAGCUGGCCCCGCGGCGGGCGCAGACGGCCUCCGCCCUCGAGGUCUGCCAGGAGCCCUUGUCCAGCGACUCUGGGGACGAGCGUGUACCCGGGAGGCCGCCGGCGCUGAAGCCGGGCUCCCUGCCCCGCGGCAGUGGCAGCGCGGCCGGCGACUUCGUGAGGAAGGCCGCGGCCCUCCUGCACAGGUCGGCGGGGGCUGGGCCCCCGGGCCCCGAGGCCCCCCGCAGGGCGGGCGUGAAGGUCCCCGCCAUCAGCGUGACCUCCUUCCACUCCCAGUCGUCCUACAUAAGCAGCGACAACGACUCGGAGCCCGAGGACGCGGACAUCAGGAAGGAGCUGCAGAGUCUGCGGGAGAAGCACCUGCGGGAGAUCGCGGAGCUGCAGAGCCAGCAGAAGCGAGAGAUCGAAGCCCUGUACCGCCGCCUGGGCAGGACCCUGCCCCCCAACCUGGGGCUCUUGCACACGGCCCCACCCGCCGGCCGCCGGAGGAAGGCCAGCAGGAGCAAGCUGAAGGCUGGGAGGCUGCUCACUCCACUGGUGCAGCAGCUCAAGGUCGUGGCCUCCAGCACAGGUCAUUUGUCAGACUGCAGCCGCGCCCCUCUUGCCCAGGACCCCGCCAGGGCCGGGGCAGGGCCCGCAGCAGCGGCAGACUCCUGUGGGAAGGCAGUGCAGACCCAGCAGCCCUGCUCCGUGCGGGCCUCCUUGUCUGCAGACAUCUGCUCCGGCUUAGCCAGUGACGGGGGCGGAGCCCACGGCCCAGGCUGGACGGUUUACCACCCAACGUCUGAGAGAGUGGCCCAUAAGUCUAGUAGCAAACCUCGCGCUCGAUUCCUCAGUGGACCCGUGUCUGUGUCCAUCUGGUCUGCCUUGAAGCGUCUCUGUCUAGGCAAAGAGCACAGCAGUCGGUCCUCCACCAGCAGCCUGGCCCCCGGCCCCGAGCCGGGCCCCGCCGCGGCCCUGCACGCCCAGGCGCAGGUGAACAACAGCAACAACAAGGGCACGUUCACGGACGACCUGCACCGGCUGGUGGACCAGUGGGCCAGCCAGACGGCGGGGGCGCCGCAGCUGAAGCCGUCGCUGAACCAGCUGAAGCAGACGCAGAAGCUGCACGACAUGGAGGCGACGGCCGGCUGGCCCCCAGCCUCCGGCGAGGUUCGGGCUACGAACUCACCUCGAGCGGCAGUGGGGACACCAUUUUUGGCCCUGGCGUCCGGCCCUCUGCCCACCACGGUCAUUCCUGGAACUGCCCUGGCCCUGCCCGUGCCCGUGCCAGAUUCUGAGAGUGAGAAGCCCAGCUGAGCCCAGGCGGGCUGACCCGACCCGACGCCAGGCCCAGGUCGUCUCGUGCAGAGAAGGCGAG